GUUAACAUCAUGAAGAUUGUGCAGCUUCGCCUCUAUCUGCUCAUAUGGUGUGAAGCUGCGGAGACUUUAACUGAUCAACUAACAGAUUUGGGUCAAAAUGUGUCUAUAAACUGUGAUUUUGGUGUAAAGGAGGUUUAUUGGUUUUUGCUGAAACUUCCAGAUUCUCCGGUUGUCAUAUUACUCUCUUCCACAACUUCAGCUACUUUUUACUACAGUCAAGCUUUUAGGCAGAAAUAUUCAGUGCAAAGUAAUCAUCGCCUGUUCAUAAAUAAUGUCACUAUUGAUGAUUUAGGACUUUAUUACUGUGAGACCAAAGACGCUCCUCCAAAAUACAGCGACGGCACCAGAAUACACAUCAGCGUACCAACUCCAGCUGCAGAGAUCCAGAAUCAUACAGCGGUGAAGAACAUUGAGAGGAAUCAGACACAUUGGCAGAUUAUUAUCUUCAUAUCUGCUCUGGUGAACGCUGUUCUGAUCAUAGUGGUCAUAGUGAUUGGCGUGAAAAGAGACAAUAAAACCACAGAGGACCGGGAAGCACACAGCCAGUCAGAGAUGCACAUUGAUGGCUUUGGUUUCAUCUGUUCAUCAAGAUAUCAUCAGAUGUUUUCUUGA